AUGAACGGCCUUCUACAGAUGGGCUCUGGCCAUGGCCAGAUGGCCCCUGGAUUUACACAUCCUCACCACCAUCACUACAACUCCGGUAACCAUCACCACCAUCACCAUCCCCACGCCCACCUCGGGCAGCUGUACCAGCAACAGCGACCAUCCUUCGCCAUCCAGGAGAUUCUAGGGCUGGGGUGCCGACAGCCCACAUCCCCGUCCCCGGUCGGCGACCCCGGGCUGAUGGACCCCGGGCUCUCUGCCGUCCAGAACAGUCUAGGGGGGAUGUACUUCCCGGGCCAGACCCAGGGGCUGCAGAACGAGCCCCAGAACCAGGGGUACCAGCCCAGCCACCAGCACGGCGCCACCCACAGCUCGGCCCCAGGGUCCCUGUACCCGUGGAGGUUCGACCUGACCCCCACGUCCACCCCACAGACAUUGCCCGCCCCCCGAUUCCCGGGGGUGAGCAGAGAGGAACUUAACUUUGGUUAUAAGCACAACAUAGCAGACGAGGUGCCACACCAAACCUACCUACACCCCGACAAGCCCCAAGACACCAACACACUAGCGGGGAAGAAAGCCAAGAAACGCCGGAGACACAGGACCAUCUUCACCAGCUACCAGCUAGAGGAGCUGGAGAAAGCCUUCAAGGACGCUCACUACCCGGACCUGUACGCCAGGGAACUGCUCGCCCUCAAGAUUGAUCUGCCAGAGGACAGGAUUCAGGUGUGGUUCCAGAACCGCCGUGCCAAGUGGAGAAAGACAGAGAAGACCUGGGGCAAGAGUUCCAUCAUGGCGGAGUACGGCCUGUACGGUGCCAUGGUCAGACACGCCUUGCCCCUCCCUGACGCCAUCGUCAAGAGUGCGGAGAAAGGCAUCGAGCAUUCAGCGGCGCCCUGGCUGUUAGGUAUGCACAAGAAAUCUCUAGAAGCCUCCAAGAAAAUGAGCGAGGAGGACAGCGACCUGUCCGGGAACGAGACCGGCCCAGACGGCAAGGGUCGGGUGAAGGAGGAGCGGAAGUCUGAGAGCAUCGCCACCCUGCGGGCCAAGGCCCAGGAGCACAGCGCCAAGGUGCUACAGGCCCUACAGAAGGAGGAGGAGAUGCUCUACUGCGACAGGAGGGACAACAUGGCACAGAAGCGGCACGAGAUGGUGGACAACUUUUCCAGGGGCGUCGUCAUGUGUUAG